AUGAGUGGAAUCGAAGUCAAGGGUUCCCCUUUUGCCUCGAUCAUAUCUCAACAGAUUCCGGAUUUCAGCAGCUACGAAGACCUCUACAAGCAUUUUCAUCGCAAUCCUGAGAUCUCUACUCUCGAGACUAAGACCUCAGCCAAGAUUCUAGAGGUUCUCCAGUCGUUGAACUCGCAAUACGGCUCACCAAUCGAACUCAAACACCCAAUUGGUGGCACUGGCUUGAUUGGUAUUCAUCGCAAUGGGACGGGCAAGACCUUACUGCUUCGUGCUGAUUUCGACGGACUGGGCUUGCAAGAGAAGACUGGUCUAGAUUAUGCCAGUACGGCCCGCCAGUUCGAUUCGCAUCUCGAUAACGUUGAGAAACCAACUAUGCAUGCUUGCGGACAUGACUUCCACAUCACUUCCAUGCUUGCUGCUAUUGAGACUUUCCUCAAGGCCAAGGAUAGCUGGUCCGGAACAUUGAUCUACCUCUUCCAGCCAGCUGAAGAGCGCGGCUGUGGUGCACAGAUGAUGCUCGAUGAUGGCUUGUACGAUCGAGCGAAGCACGCCUGUCCAGAACCAGAUAUCGUGUUAGGACAGCACGUCAUGGCCCUCAAGACAGGAACUGUACAUACGCAGACUGGCCCGACUAUGUCAGCUGCUGAUAGCUACCGGAUCACCAUCUAUGGUCGUGGGGGGCAUGGCUCUAUGCCUCAUUACACGAUUGAUCCUGUUGUGAUAGCAUCCCAUAUUGUCGUCAGGCUACAGACUCUUGUCUCACGCGAAGUCCCACCAGACGAGACCGCUGUCGUCACAGUAGGCAGCUUCCAUGCAGGUCAUACCGUGAACGUCAUCUCCGACGAUGCUAUUCUUCAAGUCAACAUCCGCAGCUUCAGUGAGACCUGGCGAAAAGUCCUGCUCGACGGCUUACAUCGCAUCGUCGAUGCAGAAUGCACAGCUGGUCGUAGCCCGAAACCUGCUAAAUUCGAGAAAUUGAAUCAGUUUCCACUCACCGAGAACGACGCUGAUGUGACAGCUCAAGUCAACGACUCGUUCAUCUCGUAUUUUGGCAAGGACAGAGUUGACACGAACAUGGCUGCACAAUUGGGUAGUGAAGACUUCAGCUGGCUUGCGCGCCGAAUCGACAAGCCUUAUAUGUUCUGGUUCUUUGGUGGGACGGAUGCAGAGGUGUGGGAUAAACACGAGAAGGAGGGGAUAUUGAAUGAGAUUCCAGCGAAUCAUAGCCCUUAUUUUGCACCAGUCAUCCAGCCGACUUUGAGGGUGGGAGUAGAAGCUAUGGUUGUCGCGGCGUUGACUUUCGUGGGAAAGAACUAA